AGAAACAUUGCUCCAUGCUCCAUUUGCACACCAGUCAUUGUGUGAAUACCGCUGCAGUCUAAAUGGGUGAAAGUGUAAAAGCUCACAUGGCGUUCACCUGUGACGUUGUGUACCAACAAAAUGUUCAAAACGAUGGACCAAAAGAGAGCUAAAGAUCACUGCUCAUAAAAUGGAGGCGUUAUCCCAAGUUCAGGCAACAGUGCACCAUUUCCAGCCACACUUCAGUGCUCAGACUGGCGGCUGUGUGGUUGCUCCUUCCAUCAUUGGUUCUUUCCAUGGAAAUGUCAACAUCAAUAUCACAUCAGUAAGACAAGACCAUAAUGAUCAGUCAAAAGAAGAACCAGAACAAAGCGAAAACGACAGCUUUGCUACUAUCCCCCCUGAAAAUAAGAUCGCAAGAUGUCAGGAGAAACUGAAAGCCACUUUCAGGAGAAAGUUCGGCCACUUGCUUGAGGGGAUGACGACGGAUACAAAUAGAACACCUCUCAAUCAAAUCUACACAGAGCUGUACAUCACUCAGGGAGGAUGCGGUGAAGUCAACAAAGAGCACGAAGUGCUACAGAUUGAGGCGGCAUCAAAAACACGCGUGACACCGGAGAAAUCAAUCCACUGCAAUCACCUCUUUGCACCCCCAUCUGAAGGGGACUGGCACAUCAGAACUGUGGUCACAAGAGGAGUCGCCGGCAUUGGAAAAACUGUAUCAGCCAAUAAAUUUACUCUCGACUGGGCCGAAGGGAAGGCAAAUCAAGACCUAGAGUUUGUAUUCCCCUUGUCUUUUCGAGACCUGAAUAGGAUGAAAGCAAGGACUUUGAGUCUGGUGCAGCUUCUCUGUGACUUUUUCCCUGAAAUUAAAGGCAAGCACGUCUUUACCAGACUUGACAACAAAGUGCUCUUCAUCCUGGACGGUCUGGAUGAAAGUCGCCUCUCUUUGAACUUUGAGGAGAGUGAAAUUGUGUCCGACGUGAACAAGAAAGCCUCAACCGCUGUAAUUCUGACCAACCUAAUCUGGGGAAGGCUGCUUCCUUAUGCUCUUGUUUGGAUCACGUCUCGCCCGGUGGCCUGCGGCCAGAUCCCGAUGGAGUGCGUUCACCUGGUGACCGAGGUGCGAGGGUUCAACGACCCGCAGAAAGAUGAAUACUUCAGGAGAAAAAUAGCCGACGAGAGGUUAGCAAACAAGGUUAUUGAACAUGUAAAAUCCUGCAGGAGCCUCCACAUCAUGUGCCACAUCCCGGUCUUCUGCUGGAUGGCAGCGAGCGUUCUUGUGAAGGAGUUGGCGACAAAACAUAGAGAAGAAACCCCAAAGACCCUCACACAAAUGUACAUCCACUUCCUGUCCUUGCAUGUUGACGACAUGAAGAGGUUGCCAGGAAGAAGAGAGUCCAACGCUGACAUUGUGAGGGCUAACCUCCUUGCGCUUGGUAAGCUGGCUUUCAAGGAGCUCGAGAGGGGUCACCUGAUCUUCUACGAGAAGGACCUGCUGUUGAAUGGCAUCGACCUCACACAAGCGUCCAUGUUCUCCGGGGUCUACACACAGAUCUUCAACGAGGGACUGACGAUGUGCGAGGAGAAGAUGUUCAGCUUUGUGCAUCUGAGCGUGCAGGAAUUCUUUGCCGCCCUCUACGUCUUCCUGACGUUCCACAUCGAAAACGUCAACGUCCUGGUCAAGAGGUCGUCUGCUUCGCGCUUCUUUGCCUCCAGAAACUCAUCAGAGGUCAUCCUUUACAAGGAAGCAGUAGAGAAAGCAUUGAGGAGUGAGAAUGGCCAUUUUGACAUCUUUCUGCGCUUCCUUUUGGGCCUGUCUCUGGAGUCCAAUCAGACUCUGCUGAAAGAUCUAAUGACCAGCAACAGAACGCACCAAAGGACCAGAGGUGAAGUCAUUAAACACAUAAAAGAGAGGAUCAAGACCAGCCAGUCCCCAGACAGGUGCCUCAACCUCUUUCAUUGCCUAAACGAGCUGGGCGAUCAUUCCCUUGUGGAGGAGAUUCAGAGCUACUUCAAGUCAGGCAGGCUGAGCGACGUCAGCCUUUCACCCGGUCAGUGGAACACUCUGGUCUUCGUGUUACUGACAUCAGAGGAAGAGGUGGGCGUGUUCGAACUGUCCAACUACACCAGGUCAGAGGAGGGUCUUCUGAGGCUGCUGCCUGUCAUGAAGGCCGCCCGAGUGGCAGAUCUUAGUGCCUGUAACCUCACUGUGGCCUGCUGUGAAACCCUGGCCAGUGGCAUCGCCUCGUCCAAGAUUAGAGAGCUGGACCUGAGCAACAACAACCUGACAGAUGCCGGACUCAUGCAGCUCUCUGUGGCACUGAAGAAGAGCAAACUGGAGACACUCAGGAUGAGGAGCUGCAACCUCACGGAGCACAGCUCGGACGAUUUGGCCUCGCUCAUCAGCUCUCCCUCUGGCCAGCUGAGACUCCUGGACCUUACCGACAAUGACCUUUGGGACAAAGGAGUGAAAAAUCUUUCUGCUGGACUGGAAAAUCCUCACUGUGCACUGGAGAUACUAAUUUUGUCCUGGUGCAGAGUGACAGAGAAAGGCUGCACUUUCUUGGCUUCUGCACUGAACUCGUCCCGACUGAGAGAGCUGGACCUCAGCUACAACCACCCGGGAGACUCCGGCCUGAAGCUGCUGUCGGCUCUGCUGGAGGACCCGCACUGUAGCCUGCAGAAACUAAGUGUGGAACAGUGUGGUGAGUCCAGGAUCCAGCCUGGUCCAAAGAAAUGUAAGUAA